AUGAACACCAACAUGGUGUACGGUGUGUGCAACGCCGAGUCCGGCUACCACAGCCAGGCCUACUCCUCGGAGCUCCAGCAUUACUACGCCCAGUGCCAGUCCCACGAGGCAGUCCAAGGCCAGACCUACAUCCCGCCCGCCCUCACGCCCACCGAUCACCACCGGCCUCAGCACACCAGCCUACAGGACGCCCACGUGCCCUCCUCCUACACCAACCUGGACGAGUAUAGCAGCGUGUGCUACCCUGGGCACGCUGCAGGGGGCAUGGCGGCUGCCCAGCACCACGUCUCCCAGGGCUACGACUACACCAGCGCCGUCCAGGCCGUGGCGGGUGGCGUGGGCGGCCAGUCGGGCGUCAUGUCGCCGGCGGGGGCGGGGGGAUACCCAGGUUACCUGGACCCCGCCGCCCAGUACCGACACAUGAGCAUGGGCCUCUACGCCCACCACGAGGGUGUGAGGGAGGCGUGCGGUGUGGGCGGAAUGAUGGGCGGCUCGCCCCACGCCCUCCCUCACCACCAGCCGCAGCAGUCCGUACCCACCUACAAGUGGAUGCAGGUCAAGAGAAACGUGCCUAAACCAGCGCCCAAGACGGACUACGGCGGCUUCGGCGGUGGGACGGGGCGCACCAAUUUCACCACCAAGCAGCUAACGGAGUUGGAGAAGGAGUUCCACUUCAAUAAGUACCUCACCCGGGCAAGACGCAUCGAGAUAGCUUCGGCGCUCCAGCUCAACGAGACCCAAGUUAAAAUAUGGUUCCAGAACCGCCGAAUGAAGCAGAAAAAAAGAAUGAAAGAGGGCCUCAUAGCGCCGGAACCCCCCACCGUCUCAACGCCAAGCGAAAACAGUAACGAUUCCGACUCUACGGCCAACAACAGCAGCAGUACAGGAGGCAGCUCCGGCGGCAGUAGCGGCAGCAGCGGCGGCAGCAUUACCACAAAGCCAGAGUCGCCAGGAUCUGUGAGCUGCAGCAGCAGCAGCACCUCUCAGCCCCUGCAAGUCCCCACCUCUGCCACCAAGUCCAAGGCGCAAGCGUUACCCGCCACCACACAAAGCCCCUCGUAAGGGCAUGGCCUGGGCCUCAGUGCCCUCCAGAGCUUUAACCUGAGCCCUGGCCGCGAGCGGUGGCAGGCUAGGGCGGUGCCCAGGGCAGCAGGCAUGGCGGCCACCCAGCGCGGCUCUGGUACCGGGUUUGACAAACGUUCCCAGGGUUCCUCUUAUCACGCCUGGCACUCACGUUGUCAGGCUUGAGGUAGCCCUUCCCCCUAACCCUCGUCUCUCCUAGCGACCGACGAUGCUCGUGCCUAAAGUCUGCGCCCACUCAACAUGUCUGCAUGACACCCUCCUCCUCCCAGAGUAAGACCCUGUCUCCCCCCGUCUACAGUCGAGUGCCUCCAUAAAUGCCUCCUUUGAUAAAUGUGAUUGUGUCGGUGUAAUUCCGUGUCAGUUUGGCAACAUCAUUUCAUGUGUCCUGAGUAGAGGGAAAGUGAAGCAGGAAGCACCUAGGGAGGAAAGUCAACUGGAAAGACCUAAUAGAAGGGAAGGGAAUUAUCGGGGGAAAGCACCAAGCCAUUACGACUAUAUAGC